AUGCCUUCAAUUAAGUUGCAGAGUUCUGAUGGAGAGAUAUUUGAAGUUGAUGUGGAAAUUGCCAAACAAUCUGUGACUAUCAAGACCAUGUUGGAAGAUUUGGGAAUGGAUGAUGAAGGAGAUGAUGACCCAGUUCCUCUACCAAAUGUUAAUGCAGCAAUAUUAAAAAAGGUCAUUCAGUGGUGCACCCAUCACAAGGAUGACCCUCCUCCUCCUGAGGAUGAUGAAAACAAAGAAAAGAGAACAGACGACAUCCCUGUUUGGGACCAAGAAUUCCUGAAAGUUGACCAGGGAACACUUUUUGAACUUAUUCUGGCUGCAAACUACUUAGAUAUCAAAGGUUUGCUUGAUGUGACUUGCAAGACUGUUGCCAAUAUGAUCAAGGGGAAAACUCCUGAAGAGAUUCGUAAGACCUUCAAUAUCAAAAACGACUUUACUGAAGAGGAGGAAGCCCAGGUACGCAAAGAGAACCAGUGGUGUGAAGAGAAGUAAAAUGUUGUGCCUGACACUGUAACACUGUAAGGAUUAUUCCAAAUACUAGUUGCACUGCUCUGUUUAUAAUUGUUAAUAUUAGACAAACAGGAGACAAAUGCAGCAGCAAAUCAAUUGUAUUGGCAGAAUAUUGUCUUCAUUGCAUGUGUAGUACAGAUUGUAGAACCUAGAGCUGAGUUUCUCCUAGUGUGAUCAAAAGUUGUUUGUUUUUUCUUUGCUCUGAAUAAAACUGAACUGUGGGUUCUCUGUAGAAAGUGGUAUUUUGGGCUUUCCCUCUUUUUGUAAAGUGAUUUCUGCCUAGUUUACUGUCUAGUUAGCUUUAGUGUAUUGACCUUUUAAAAGUUGGCAUUGUAAAUAAAACAACUUGCAAAA